CCUGCCUUCUCAGUUCUGCCGGCACGUGUCCUCUGUGCAGUGCGAGAUGGCGUCGGAGGAGGACUCGCCAAGUGAUGGCACCUCUUCCCCUGCUGCCAGCACCAGCCAGGAGCCCCAGGCCACGCCGCUGGACGCUUCUGACAACCUAAUGUGCCCAAUCUGCCAGGACAGCAUUCAUGACCAAGCUUCCGUGAGCUGGUGCGGGCACCUUUUCUGUUACGCCUGCAUUUUGGAGUGGUCCCGCAGAAGAGCCGUGUGCCCCAUCUGCCGGUGGCCUUUCUACUACAUCUACCGCAAAGUGGGAGACGAUACCUACGUGGUGUAUGACGUCGAGCCCAGCACCAGCUCCGCCAGCCACGCUCGAGAAGGGACACCUGGGCCCCGCUCUGCGGAAACGAACAGGCAUCAUUCCCCUGGCCGCCAGCCCCGCAGCGACCGUGGCGGUGGCCGCGCCGAGGCCCCAGAGAGGGGCCGAAGCAGGUCCCCGAGGCGGCACGACGAUGGCCCCAGCAGGGUUCAGCACGCCCGGGGAUACGACCCCUCGAGCAGCAGCAGGCGGCCGCAGAGCAGGGCUCAAGACACUGCUCGUAACACUGCUCGCGAUGACGGCCGAGCUCCAAGGCCUGAACGAGAUGUCCCAGUCACCUCCGGGAGGAGCGACCGCCAUGAGCGGGGAGGCCGGCUUUCCGUCAGGGAACGGCAGGCAACAGGGAGCCGAUCCCGGCACAGGUCCCGCAGCCCUUGGCGCCAAACGUGGCAGGAGCAGGAAAGGAGGAGGGACCACCGUCAGGGGCGAGCUCUAAGCCCUGAGGAACAAGUCCCAGCUUAUUCCAGGUGGAGUUACCACCAACAGCGGGAAGGAGGAGCUUCUGUCAGGGAACGGCAGGCCACAAGCAGCCGAUCCCGGCGGAUCUCCAGCAGCCCUGAACACCCAACACGCUGGGAGCAGCCAAGGAGGAGGGAUCUCUAUGAGGGGUCUGCUCUAAGCCCCGAACGGCAAGUCCCAGCUUCUUCGGGGAGAACAGAACACCGUAGAUGGGAAGGCCAAGUUUCCAUCAGGGAACGGCAGGCCACAAGCAGCCGAUCCCGGCACAGGUCCCGCAGCCCUCGGCGCCGAACGUGGCGGGAGCAGGAAAGGAGGAGGGACCAUGAAGAGGGGCGAGCUCUAAGCCCUGAGGAGCAAGUCCCAGCUUAUCCCAGGUGGAGCGACCACCAUCAGUGGGAAGGAGGAGCUUCUGUCAGGGAACGGCAGGCCACAAGCAGCCGAUCCCGGCACAGGUCCCGCAGCCCUUGGCCCCAAACGUGGCGGGAGCAGGAAAGGAGGAGGGACCACCGUCAGGGGCGAGCUCUAAGCCCCGGACAGCGAGUCCCAGUUUCCUCCAGACGGAGCGACCGCCGUCAGCGAGAAGGCCGAGGUUCCACCAGGGAUCGGCAGGCGACAAGGAGCCGAUCCCGGCACAGGUCCCGCGGCUCCUGGCGCCAAACAUCGCGGCAGCAGGAAAGGAGGAGGGACCACCAUCAGGAGCGAGCUCUAAGCCCUGAGGAGCAAGUCCCAGUUUCCUCCAGGCGGAGCGACCGCCGUCAGAGGGAAGGCCGAGGUUCCGCCAGGGAUCGGCAGGCGACAAGGAGCCGAUCCCGGCGGAGGUCCCGCAGCCCUGCCUGGCGCAGCGCUUGGUAGCACACCCUACCCAUUAGGGUAUUACUGUAUGCCCUGCUACUAGUGCUCGACAGAAACGAUACUACUUUACACCUAAACUGCUCCUCCUAACAACUGCAAAAAUGGCAAAUCCAGCUAUAAAGCUCAGGGCCAAGGAUCUACUCCCCAUUACAGGACACAUCUGAAAAUCCAAACGGACUCUUGCAAGGCCUCACAGGUUUAUAAUGACAACAGGACAGAAACUCGGGUCCUGCUUUUCUCAUACUGUUCUGUGUUACACGUCUAUAAAAUAAAAUGCUGUGUUGAACAUUUGAUGCGAGUGUGUCGUUUCUGCUUUUAUUGCAUUUCCACAGGAUGAUCAGCUGAAGAUUCGGUCGCUUUUUCUCCUUUCUGCCCUGGCACCAAUGACACCAAUGGCUUCGUAGAAAACCUCUUGUCCUUCCACAUCACCUGUUUCCCCACACUUUACUCCCAAUGUCCCCCAGAAUCACUUCUCCCCUUACUGAUCCGAGCCAGGACCCUGCUGGCCUUGAAUGACAUUAAACUCUUUCUCCUAAGGCAGCGUUGAAGAGACCUGGGAGUCUACGUGGUCACUAGGCAAGAUGGAGGGGACCUAAAGCUGGGGAAAAACGGCUCCCCUUCCAAACUCCCACCAGCCCCUCUGA